AAAAAUGGCCGAACUGGAAAGCGAACAAACUUCUCCUGGUGUUCUUGAAGAAAUUUUCACGUCGCCCCUGAACCUGAGUCUGCUCUGCCUUUGUUUGUUUCUGCUCUACAAAAUAUUUCGCGGAGACAAGCCUGCAGAAGUGGCCGAAGUCGAGGAGCCGUUACCCAAACUGAAGAAGAGAGACUUCACUCUGGAGGACCUGAAGCAGUAUGACGGAGUGGAGAAUCCGAGGAUCCUCAUGGCUGUCAAUGGCAAAGUGUUUGAUGUGACCAGAGGAAAGAAGUUCUACGGUCCUGAUGGCCCUUACGGAGUCUUUGCAGGCAGAGAUGCUUCCAGAGGAUUGGCUACGUUCUGUCUGGAGAAGGAGGCUUUGAAAGAGACGCACGACGAUCUUUCGGACCUCAAUGUGACGCAGCAGGAGAGCCUGGGCGAGUGGGAGACGCAGUUCACCCACAAAUACGAUUACAUCGGCAAACUCUUGAAGCCCGGUGAAGAGCCGACAGAGUACACGGACGACGAAGAAGUGAAGGACAAAAAGAAGGAUUAGGUCACGAGAGGCACCCAAACAUAGUUCCUCUCAGCUAUGUACCUAAUGUACUUGCAAUCAUUGAUGUGUCCUUAUAAUUCUGGUUCACUGUGACUGUUUGGUCUGGAGCACCAUGCCUUCACGUUUCAGCAUGCCAUAAAUAAUUUGUGCUAAGAUGAUUCCAGUUAGCGUUUUUCUUAAGAGAGUUCUCCGACAGCGGCGGCAGGAGCAAAUGUCAUUCUUGUACUUAGAUGCAACAUACUCAAGUAACGUGGACCACAAUGUUGUUAUCGCGAUGUUUUGUUAAGGCGUUUCAUCUAACAAUAAUAUUAAAUGCAAGUAGUUAUGAUACACUACAUAUACGUUUUGUAUGCGAUUUGCAAACAACCCCUGAGGGAAGCAGGAAUGUGAUUUAUAAUUCUACAAAUGUAGACAAAAUCUAACAUUCCAUGACUGGGACCUUAAUAACGCUAAGAGUUUAUGAAGCACUUGUACCUGAAAAUACUUAUUAAAGCAAUUUUCAUAUUAA